AUCAAGCACCUAGGCAUGCGGACUGCUUCUACAAACAUUAGUGAAAGAAUGGGUUGCUCUCAGGAGCUCAAUGAAUUCAAGCGUGGUACCAUGAUAGGUUGCCACCUGUGCAAUAAGUCUAUUCGUGAAAUUUCCUUACUACUAAAUAUUCCACAAUCAACUGUUAGUGGUAUUAUAAGAAAGUGGAAGCAACUGGGAACAACAGCAACUCAGCCACCAAGUGGUAGGCCAUGUAAAAUGAUAGAGCGGGGUCAGCGCAUGCUGAAGAGCACAGUGCGCAGAAGUUGCCAAUUAUCUAUAGAGUCAAUAGCUAAAGAUCUUUAAACUUCAUGUGGCCUUCAGAUUAGCACAACAGUAGUGCAUAGAGAGCUUCAUAGAAUGGGUUUCCAUGGCCGAGCAGCUGCAUCCAAGCCUUAAAUCACCAAGUGUAAUGCAAUGAGUUGGAUGCAGUGGUGUACAGCACGCCGCCACUGGACUCUAGAGCAGUUACUUGUCUGACUGCAUUGUGCCAAGUGUAAAAUUU